AUGAAUCUUAAUGGCCUUGUGCUGGAAAAUGUCAAGGAAAGUUAUUAUUACAAGAAUCACCUCGUGGAAAUCGACACCGCUCAGCAACUUCUCGAUGAGGUCUUCUACAAGGUAAAACAUCUCGAACCAUGGGAGAAAGGAACACGAAAAGUGCAAGGAAUGACAGGAAUGUGUGGCGGCGUACGAGGAGUCGGUGCUGGAGGAGUCGUUAGUUCGGCAUUUUGUCUACUUUAUAGAUUUUUCAAGGUUCGCCUUACCAGAAAACAGUUAAUAUCCAUGAUCAAUAGUCGAGUGUCACCGUAUAUCCGCGGAUUAGGAUUCAUGUACAUACGUUACACACAACCACCAGCAGACUUGUGGGAGUGGUUCGAACCAUAUUUGGAUGAUGAGGAGGAGAUCGACCCAAGAUCAGGAGGUGGUGACGUUAUGACUUUUGGACAAGUCGUUCGUAUAAUGCUCACGAAACUCGACUGGUACGGUACACUGUUUCCUCGUAUUCCUGUAAGCUGUUUAUCAAAUUCACCAUUGAAACGGUCAUCAGUGCCGCAUCUGUUCCAGAAAGAGAUCGAUGAGAAAUUCGCUGAACGUAAAAGAGCUCUGUUAUUUGGUGACGGACGGUUGGAUUCGCGCCAUCGAGACCGCGACGAUGAUCGAUCUUCACGACGUCGGUCUCGCUCCCGUGAUCGUAAACGUCCAAGUAGUUCUGAGCGUCGACAUGAGGAUAAACGUCCUCGUCCCACUCGAUGUGGACACCAUCUCCGCCAUCACCACUGUACAAAACAUCGUAAGAUUUGCCCAGACAAAGGAAAAUUAGCUCGCGAAGCAAAGGAAGCCGAGAUGCGAGCUGAUGCAGAGAACGACAAGGCAAGAGAAUCGGAGAAUACGACACCAAAAGAUUAG